AUGGGUCAGGAUCUACUCCAGGAUGCUAGCACACUAAUGGGUCAGGAUCUACUCCAGGAUCCUAGCACACUAAUGGGUCAGGAUCUACUCCAGGAUGCUAGCACACUAAUGGGUCAGGAUCUACUCCAGGAUCCUAGUGCACUAAUGGGUCAGGAUCUACUCCAGGAUCCUAGCACACUAAUGGGUCAAGAUCUACUCCAGGAUCCUAGCACACUAAUGGGUCAAGAUCUACUCCAGGAUCCUAGCACACUAAUGGGUCAGGAUCUACUCCAGGAUCCUAGCACACUAAUGGGUCAGGAUCUACUCCAGGAUCCUAGCACACUAAUGGGUCAAGAUCUACUCCAGGAUCCUAGCACACUAAUGGGUCAAGAUCUACUCCAGGAUCCUAGCACUAAUGGGUCAGGAUCUACUCCAGGAUCCUAG